AAACCCACCUCAAAAAGAACCAAAACAAACACAACAAUGGCGGCCAACAACGACCAAGCACCACCAACACCUUGUUCUCCUCCCAAACCUCACUGCCUCAUCAUACCUUAUCCAGCACAAGGCCACAUCAACCCCAUGCUCCAAUUCUCCAAACGCCUCAUCCCACGUGGCGUCCGAGUCACCCUCGUCAACACCCGCUUCAUCGCCAAAACCGUCGCAAACUCCUCCUCCUCCGCCGCCGCCUCCUCCACCACCAUCCACCUCGCCACCAUCUCCGACGGCUUCGACGAAGGCGGAUUCGCCGCCGCCGGAUCCACCGACGCCUACAUCUCCACCUUCGAGCGAAUCGGGUCCCAAACUCUCUCCCAACUCAUCACCAACCUCAGCGAAACAGAGUACCCUGCCACCUGCGUAAUUUACGACCCUUUCAUUCCGUGGUGCCUCGACGUCGCGAAACGGUUUGGGCUCACAGGGGCGGCGUUCUUCACUCAGUCUUGCGCCGUGGGAAGCAUUUACUACCACUGUCACAAAGGUUGGCUGAAGCCGCCGGUUUUGGAGGCGCAAACGCUGAUUCCGGGGCUGCCUCCCCUGGAGCCUAAGGACAUGCCUUCUUUCAUCUAUGUAUAUGGAUCUUACCCGGCGGCUUUCGACAUGCUCUUGGCGCAGUUCGACAACAUUGAUAAGGCCGAUUGGGUGCUCUGCAACGCGAUCUAUGAACUUGAGCAAGAGACAGCGGAUUGGUUGUCAAAGCUAUGGCCCAUGAAAACCAUUGGCCCAACAAUUCCAUCCAUGUACUUGGACCAGCAAUUGCAGGACGACAAAGACUAUGGGUUCAGCAUCUUCAAGCCCGAUAGCAAACAAUGCAUGGAUUGGCUUGAUAACAAGCCCACGGGCUCGGUCAUUUACGUCUCAUUUGGCAGCAUGGCAAGUCUGGGCCUUGAACAGAUGGAAGAACUUUCUCAUGGACUGAAGAAUAGCAAUCACUAUUUCUUAUGGGUUGUCAGGGCUUCUGAGGAGGCCAAGCUUCCUCUAAAUUUUGACCCAUCCGAAAAGGGUCUGAUCGUGUCUUGGUGCCCGCAACUCGAGGUGCUAAAUCACGGUGCUGUGGGAUGCUUCGUGACACAUUGCGGGUGGAACUCGACACUGGAGGCACUGAGUUUAGGAGUGCCCAUGGUGGCAAUGCCUCAGUGGACGGACCAAGGGACGAAUGCUAAGUACAUAGAGGAUGUUUGGAAGAUGGGAUUGAGGGCAGAGGCUGACCAAGAUGGAAUUGUGAAGAGGGAAGUUGUAGAGAAGUGUUUGAAGGAAGUGAUGGCAGGGAAGAAAGGUCAAGAGAUGAAGAGGAAUGCAGAGCAAUGGAAGAGAGUGAUGAAGGAAGCUGCGAGUGAAGGUGGGAGUUCUGAUAGGAACAUUAAUGAGUUUGUUGAUUCAUUAAUUCACAAGAAAUUGUGAGUUUGGGCAAAAAAAAUUUUGGAAAGUAUAUGCGUCACUAGGUUUAAGUGGCUUGUGUGUGCAAAAUGGUCAUAAUUUAUGUAUUUUUAUUUUCAAUUUUGAAUUAUGUUCGAAAUGCAUUAAAAUAUCAAAAUAACAUUAAGAAGCUAGUUUUCUUAACUUUUUUAUUUCUUCAUUAAUCUUGUUAUGAUGAUAUUUUAGUAUGCAACCAAUAAAAAGAAGCAUUCUUUCUCUUUGUAGAAUUAACAGGGCUGCUCAAUGCAUGUCAAAAACGGCUCUUGCAUCGGUCGAUCAGCACUUGGUUGAUUACCACUAUUUACUUUUCAACUCUUUGUAAUUCUCUAUCUACUAGCGAUCUAUCUAAGUAAAAAAAAAAGCAUUUCACACCUAACACACUGCUGAACUAUAACUUUUUAUGUUGAAUUUCUUUGUAGUAAAAAAUUUCCUCGAGAAAUAUGGAAUUGAAAUCUAAUUCUAUCCAAGGCAUCAUUAAAGUUAUACUCUUAAG